AUGGAGAGGGGCCAUCAGAGCACAGCUCCACACUGGCCCACAGAGCCUGACGAGCCCCUCGUCUUUGCUGGAUCGAGCCCAGUUGAUGUGGAGUUUGCCCGCAUCUUCUGGAGCACAGCCGUGCUGCCGCCGCUCUUUGAGCCCUGCCUGUGUCCCACCAACCUGUGCCGUGAGGGACCUCCGUCCCCUGGGCAGAUCCCAGCCCACAGACGGACCCCAUCAGCAGCUCAUGGCGUGCAGGAAGCUGAAGCAAAAGACAAACACCGUCAGCAGGCCAAGAAGAAAGAAGAAAUACUGGCUUUGCUGAGGAAACAGAGAGAAGAAAGAAUUGCGAAAGAGCUGAUUUCUCGUCCACAUAAACCAAAGAUGAAAAGUGACCAAGUAAGCAGGCAGAAGGCGUUUGAAGCAGAGCGUGAGGAUCAAGAAGCAGUGAAGGCCCUCAGAUAA